UAUCAUUGUACGAGUACCUACAGCAUAUUCUAAUACCAGUGAAUAGUUCGAACUUUACCUCUGUGAAAUUGGGUACAGUUUAGUGCAAGUAACAAAACAGUUAUUCUACUAUUUAAGUUUAACGCCUCUUGACAUAAAUAGUGAUUUUAUGGAUAAUCUCUUUACUUUUGUGAACUGAUUCUCUUAAUUCAUCUUUCUGCAAUAGAUCAAUUCAAACAAUUCCUACAUUGAUAUAUCAUCUAAAAUGAAGAUUUUGUUAUUUCUGUUUCUCGUAAACUGGAAUUUCUUGAUUCAAACACUUGUUGUAUCAGCAACUUUCGAAACUGUUCCUCCGAACUGUACGCUUACUGGCAAUUCAUUGGCUAAUUUAACUUCAAUAACAUCUAACUGCCAAGAAAUACUUAUAAGAAACUUUGAAGUUCCUUCAGGAAAAAACAUACAGCUAAACGUGCAGGAUGGUGCAACUGUAUUUUUUGCAGAUAAAGUGACCUUUGGAUAUGGAGAAUGGGAGGGGUACCUUAUUACAAUAAGAGGUAAUAACCUAAAAAUCAUCGGUGUUCCUGGAAAUUUGUUUGACUGCAACGGAUCUCGAUGGUGGGAUGGCCUUGGUGGCAAUGGAGGAAAAGCAAAACCAAAAUUUCUUAGAUUGACUGGUGUCACUAAUUCAAUAGUAAAUGGAUUAAACAUAAAGAAUACUCCAAAACAUUGUUUGGCUAUUAAAAGCUGUAAAAAUGUAACUAUAAGUAAUGUUACCAUUGACGACAGGGAAGGGGAUUUUAAUGGUGGCCAUAACACUGACGCUUUUGGUAUUUCCGAAUCAGAUGAAAUUACAAUAACAAACUGUGUCGUCUAUAAUCAAGACGAUUGUUUAGCUCUAACAUCUGGAACUAAUACCGUAUUUAAACACAAUUACUGUUCCGGUGGUCACGGUAUAUCAAUUGGAUCAAUUGGAAACCACAGGGUAAAUGAAGUGGACAACUUUUAUGUCAAAAACUGUACCGUUGUCAAUUCAGCAAAUGGAAUUCGAAUUAAAACGAAUUUCAACACUACUGGUGUAAUAAAAAACGUUACUUAUGAAGAUGUAACUGUUGGGAAUAUAACGAAUUAUGGAGUUGUCAUUCGUGGAGAUUACUUGAACGGUGGAGCUACAGGUACUCCAACCCCUGGAUUUAAAAUAUCUAACAUUACUCUCAGAAAUGUUCAUGGUACAGUUCAACCGACUGCAGGAAACGUUCUAAUUAUUUUGUCAGAAGGAGUAGCAUCUAAUUGGACAUUUGAAGACGUUAAUAUUGUUGGAGGACUCAAAAAAGUAAACUGUACUGGUAUUCCUGAAGACUCUGGAUUUUCCUGUAAUAACCCUAGUGUUUUAACAAUAUAAAUACUUGUUGUUCGUUUAGUUAUAUGGCAAGUCUAAAUUUAGUUAUAUUUAUAACUCAGUAAGUAAACUAUUUCUAUCAUUUAACAAUAAACAGAAAAAAAUAAGAACUAAAGAAAUAAAAGAAAUAAAAGUCGUAUUACAUGAAA